GUGCGUCUUGAUUCCCGAAGCUUCGUCUCGGAACGAACAUUUCCAAAAAAAAACGCUGCAUCGAAGCAGAAAAAUCGGAAAAAUCCGCUCGGUGUAAUUGACAUAACCGGGGGGGAGGAAUAAAAUCGGCAUCGACCAGGACCGAGAUUUUCGCGAUCGCGCGCCUCGCGGCGGACGAAACGCGGCCGAAACGUGGCCGAAACGCGGCAAACAAGCAGCGGAUCGAUACGGUCGCUAAAGCGUUGCUAAAGAAACUAGGCGACGGUGUAGGGCAACGGAACUGCGAGCAGUCAGGGUCUCGUCGAUCCUCGCGAUCAUGUCCUGCCAAAAGAGGAGUUCCUCCGCUCCGACUGAUUGGGAGCGGAAAGCUUACAAACGGCACCGGCUGAAAGUGAAAAGAGCUACCUGCGCGAUCGACGUGAAUCCACCGGAAGGCAGGCCGCACGUGGUUCUGAACGCGAAGGGGUUGCAACUGGAGCGGGAGAAGCAGGAUCGUAUACUGCGCGAGAAUUUCAUCCUGUUGAAGAAGCUCCGCGACAUCAUGCACAGAAAACGUCCAACGGAGGAGAGCCAGAGAUUGAAGUGGGACCAGACCAGAUGCAUCAGGACCCGUUGACCUACAGAAUAGAACCCGUUCGAUCGACCAAGGGAGAAAAUGUACCGAGGAUACGGUGCGAAUCAGCAGAAGGUAAAAAACGAAACAGCUACUCUGUAACAGAUUGCUACGAUUAAUACAAGGAUUUUUACAAUUCUCCGUUUUAUGAUUGUAACGGAUCGAAUAAUGAAAGAAAUGUAUGUGUUGCGAUCACCGAAUGACCACUUUUAAAUACACGAAGCGAUAAACAAUAA